CCCCGGGCCGCGGUCGGGGCUGCGCUCGGAGGGGCCGGGGCGGGGCGAGGCCGCGGAAACGAAAGCGAAAGGCGGGAACGGCCGCGGGGCCCCCGGUGGCAGGGACCGAGCAGGGAGAGCGGUCGCGGCGGGCAGGGCUCCCCUCGGGACCGGGGCUCCGGUCCGUGCUGCGGCAGCACCGCGGGGAUGGAUUCGGAGGAGGACUCCGUCCGGCUGCUCUCCAAGGACGACCCGCAGGAGGAUGGCUCGGAGAGCCCCGAGCAGCUCCGCCGGGAGAUCGAGCGGUGCAAGGAGCUUUACAGUGUUCUGGAGCAAGAUCAUGCAAAGCUACAGGUGGCCAAGGAAGCUGCAGAGCAAAGGACACAAGAGCUGAGGAAAGAAGAACUUCAUAAAAUUUCGGAGCAACAACUGCCUUUAAAGGGAGAUGAAGAAAGAGCCCAGCAGAUUUCUGCAAUAAAGGAGGAGAACAACAGACUGAGGCAGGAGAAGCAGGUUCUGAAAAAUAAACUGGAAGAACUGAAGAAGAAGAAUGAUCCUGUGAUGAUGCUGCUUACCUUGCCAGAAAAGAAAAUGAUCUUUAAGGGACGCACAGCAAACAAGGAGGACAUGAACAAUCUGAUGCUCACCCCACUGAUCCGCUACCCUCUGCCGGGGGGCUCAGCUCUCAUCACCUUUGAGGAGGCAAAGGUGGCCCAGAGGAUCACAGAGAUGAGGGAGCACACGGUGCAGCUGAGCUGUGAGGAGCUCGACCAGUGCAGAGUGCGAGUGCAGGCAGUGCCAGUGGACAUCCUGCUGCCCUCUGCCCUGGAGAUCAGGCUGACUCAGAGCAGCAGGAGCAUCCUCCUGUCCGACUUGCCCAGCCUGGACAUCUCCAAGGAGGCACUGCUGGACAAGCUGGAGCUCUUCUUCAGCAAGACAAAGAAUGGGGGCAGCGAGGUGGAUAGCAGGGAGUUCCUGGAGGACUCUGACCAGGUGGUGCUGACCUUCACAGAAGAUGGAGUGGCACAGUCGCUGAUUGAAAGAGGACAUACCCAGGUGCCCAUUGGGAAAGGGAAAUACAAAAUCAAAAUAUCACCAUACAUGAGUGGGGACAUCUCUAACCUGCAGCUCCAGCCCUCCCGCUGCCCCAGGACCGUGCUGCUCUCGGGCAUCCCCGAUGUGCUGAGCGAGGAGUCCAUGCGGGACGCGCUGGAGAUCCACUUCCAGAAGGCCAGCCGCGGCGGCGGGGAGGUGGAUGCCCUCGCCUACGUGCCGGCGGGGCGGGCGGGCUCGGCCGUGUUCGUGGAGGACACGAGCUAGUCCCGGCCACCGGCAGGCUCGCGUGGGCGCCCCGGCAGCCGCUGAGGCGCUCGGCGGGGCCGUUGGCGCUCGUGCACGGGGGUAUUAAAGCGUCUGUUGCGAGCA